AAUUGUGAUUAACGAGCUCCUUCAUCAUAAUCUUGAUUAAAAUUUUUAUUUACCAUCAACAAGCUUCCCUAAUCAACUUUCAUUGUCUUCAACUAUUGAAACAUUGGCACAUCAAACAAUCGACAAAAAAACAUUUUUUUCUGGUUUAACCUCACAUUGCUUGACUUUGCCUGUUCACCAAUUCAACCCUCAACGGUUCAACAUUUGUGAUUAAAUUUGUGUCACUUUUGUCCGCUUUUCUCGGAUAUUUAAUCAACUAACAGGUGAACUAAAAACACGUUAAGAUCUGCCUCAUGAUUUAUCAUUCCUUGUUCAUUGCUUUUCUUCUUCUUCUUCUAUCAUUUAUUCAGCCAAGUUACCAAGCGUGUAACAAAGUGUACCAAUAUGAAUGUCCAAAGAGCCGAGAGUGCAUUGGUAAAGCUUGGAUCUGUGAUAAUGAACCUGACUGUUCAGAUGGUGAAGAUGAGGAACCCUUUAUGAACUGUAAAGAAUUGAAAUGUAACCCUCAAACUCAGUUUAAGUGUCAACAUGGCCAGUGUAUUCCAUUGAAUUGGCUUUGUGAUGGAUUCAAGGAUUGUCCCAUUUACAAUGACGAUGAAGAUGAAACCAUGUGUAGAAACAUGCGACAACGUAAACGCAAUACUCGAUUCAAUUAGCUGUAACCAAUCGCAAUGUAACCUCUCUAUUAACCUCAUCACUUUCACCCACUUUAAUCCAUCCAAUUUUACUGUAACAAUUUAGUAAUUGUUGCCAGUCAAACAUUAUCUUACAAUGGAAUCACAAUCAAUUUGCAAAUGAUCAUUACCUGACUAGUUAACAGCGACUACGCGUUAUUCAACCUUUUGCUUGACCAGUGAAGAUAGACUACAAUUGGCUGGUCCAUUUGUGUGCAACUCAAUCAAUUGACUAUAUAUAAACAUGUUUGUUAAUUAAGCUUUAUUCUGUAGCAAUUAACUUACAAUAAAAACUUAAUCCGACAAAUGC